AUGCCGCGUCCGACGUGGCUCGGCGGCAGUAACAAGGGUGAAUCCACGCCCCUCGUCCCCGCGCUCGCGCGCGAAGACGUCGCGCGCGUCGACGGCGGUGACGUCGAGGAUGCACCGCCCGAGUCCAGACUCGGUCGUGAAUUCAUGAAAGUCGACGCCGCCAUGUCGCGCGUGCGCGAGGCGGUGCGCGGACCCGUCCUGCGCGUCGUCCUGGUGCUAUUGCUCGUCGCGACGAUCGCGGUGGCGAUCGAGAGCGAUCGAUUCGCCGCUGUCGCGCACGCGGCGAAGACGGUGAAGGGCGAGAGGGUGUUCGAGGACGACGCGAGCAAGCUGGCGACGGUGAACGCGUGCGAUCGGGCGUUCGUCGAUGCGAAGACGAGCGAUUGGAGCGAUAGAAAUGUAGCGAAUUCGUUGAGCGCGAGCGCGACGCUGGAGCGGGUGUUCGAGCGGGCGGCAGACGGCGCGUGCGUCGCGGCGCGGGGCGCGGAGCGGAGGACGACGUGCGUCGACGCUGAGGCGAUCGAGCGGUGCGCGACGGAUAUGGGAGUGGUUUUACACAGCGAAUCGAUUAGAAAUAGGUACGUUUUGGCGUCGGUGAUCGAAAAGGCGAAGAGGGAUGGGACCAAAUCCUUCGCGUACGUGGACGAGCGGGCGAACGCGACGGGUCCGCUCGGGUCGGCGGAUCGUCGAGCGCUCGGCGUUUUAUUGGACAGCGAUCGGUGGGGUGCGGUACGAUUAGCGUACAACGCCUCGAUCGCGAUGGCGACGACGGACGACGACGUCGCCGCGACGUGUCCGCAUCAGUGCAAGUGCGCCUUCGCCGACGGCAAGUUGUGCGAGCUCAGGACGGAUACGUGCGCGCUCGCCGACGACGCCUUUUUCGCCUUGCACGAGGACGCGUACGACCAGGUCUUACGCACGCUUCCGCACGCCGACGUCGGCGUGAGCGUGCUCGCGAACGUAUUCCCGCAGUGGAUCGUGGUCGACCCUCCGUUUGAGGUCGUACGACCCAGGCGACGGGCGCGAACCCAUCGCUCGAGCGCGCUCGGGCUCCCGCACGCGUGCGCCGAGCCGAGCGACGUCCCGGCGCCGGCGCCGCCCGCGCCCACGCUCGCGCCCAACGUCUCGAGCGCGCUCGGGAACGUCACCGAGCGCGAGCGCGUGAUAGCAUUCAACUCGACCGACCUCGCGAGCGUCGACGCCGCCUUGUAA